AUGUGUCCACUGCUUCCAGUGGUUUUCGGACCUGAAGCAGCUGGAAGAACACCAAAGCUCUUCCGAGCACCUGGGCACUUUGGAGCCGCUCACGGUCCAGAGACCCAAGAGCAUGUGGAGGAGCCACUCGCCCUGCUCGAUGAGAAUGAGGAGCUCGAUGAGGAGGGGCCGCCCGAGGAAGCCGCGGUUUCCAUGAGGCGCACGGAGUUGCGAAACAAGCAGGCCAAACUACAGGCGCAAAAAGCCACGCUGGAAGAGGAGGUUCGAAAGUUGGAGUUGCAGCUGCAGGAGUUGCAGGGCGAGGAUCCGCGAAACUUGCUGGAGGCUGAGAAGAUGGUCUCUCCGGCCGUGGAGCCAAAAAAGCUGCGAGAAGUGUGCGGGGGUUUUCAAGCACUGGAGAUGUUGGGAGAUGUAAGCAGACAAAAGAAGCAGAUGCAUGAAGAUGUUGGGGAAAAACCGUGGAGAUGUUGGGAAAACUGUAGUGUGAAUCUGGCCAUCUGGCCAUCUGGCCCAUACGAGCUUCUUCAGUUCGCCGAACCGACGAACCGCGGCCGUCCGCCGUCGCGAACCUUUCGGUCGGCGGCCCAGGCAACGACCGAACCCCGGGACACUCCCUGA